CCCGUGUCGAGCUUUUUGGAAGGCAACCUGCGCGAGAUGACGGCCGACGACCCGACGCCGGUGCAGUCGAUGCUCGUGGCCGUGGCGCCGUCGUCGCCCAUGGUGCUCCUUGGCCUCGUCUGUGUCGUCGCUGCUGCCGUCGCCAUGGUCACGAUGCGCCAGCGCCGCGACGAGCUCGCGCUGGACGACGCCACGUACAAGCUCUUGGCGACGCACGAAGACGCAUCGGCCGCCUUUUGAAGUCGCGGUGACGACCUUGCAUACUGUACGACUACAUGGUUAGCAACAAUACAACUUGUACUUUUGGUUGCUAAAAAG